AUGAAGAUUCCGGCGAGAGCACGGCGAGUGAAUAGAGCGGCGGGGGAAGAGGAGGAAUGGUACGAUGUGGUUUUGUAUUUAGGGAUCGUAGACACAUUUCAGGACUAUGGUAUGAAGAAACGCAUAGAACAUUGUUACAAAACCAUCCAACAUAACUCAAACUCAAUCUCGACCGUCCAUCCCAAGAUCUACUCUUCUCGAUUCCAAGACUUCAUCUCCAACAUCUUCUUAUCUCGCGAUGACGAUCUCUCUCUCUAA